AUGUUACGGUCCGUGGCAACACUUGUCUGCGUCCUGCCUUCUAAUCCCAUCGGUUAUGACGAAUUGGAUCUCAAGAUUCGCGGGACCAUCGUCAAAUUCACCGGCAAGAACACAACGGACACGACGCAUGUCUUGUGGACACCCCGGCGCGGGCAGCGGUACAUUCCACCUCGCAGAGACGACCGCGGGAAAAUCAAGUCGUGGCUGCGGCUCUCCCUCACUGCGGUCGCGUGGCGCAUCGCGACCGGGUUUGAGAACUGCAGGUUCACACUGGUGAAUGUUGGCGCCGUUAGUGCAAAGGAUGCCGAGGUCGAGCACGACAUUGCUGCCUGGGACGUAGAGGCUGAUCGCGUCCCGGAGUCAUGGCACUGGCUGCACAAAGGCGACUACUUGCCCCGUGACAGCGAGGGCGAUGACUACUACGACAGCGACGACGACGGUGAUGAUGAUGGUACACGUGAGGACGGCGGAGAGAAGACACAGCAUGAUGGCCUAUCACAACCACAUACCGUCGAGCCCGGCGAAGAGGUGCGAGCUGCCCGGAUCGAAGCGGGUUUUCGGAGCCAGGUGGCCCGUUACUGCCGCGAGGCCGGCCUGGACGACGAGGCGACGCGGAAGCGGCAAGAGUUGAUACGGUUCAUCACGAUGGACGAGUACUUUGCAGAGCCUGGCCUGCUCGACGUCUUUGACGCCGAGGAGCUGGCUCCGUGGCUUACAUAG